AAAUGACAUGAACAUACAUAAAUAUUUUACAUAACAACGUACAAAAGAUAAAAUUAUCGCUAGCCAGCGAGUUCUUGCAGGUAACCUAGCAUUGAAUAGAAAAACUUUAUUAUAAUUUGGAGCUCUUCCGUACUUCAGAAUAUAAGUUAAGCCGUUGGUUCCGGCUGCAUCAGCAGUCGUUGACACCCACCAAUUCGCAUCGCGUUGCGGAUUAUGGAAAGAAAUAAAAAUUAAGUUUGUUGAAAAAAUACUUUUUAGUACAAUUCUAUUUAAAGAUAAAUAUUUUUUUUCCCGUGAGUAGGUAUAUUAAGUACUUACAAAAUAUAAUAUUAAAGGACAAACAGACUGAAUUGAUGAUUAGUUUUUAAGUGAUGUACAAACAAACUGUAAAGGCAUACAUUCUCUUUGAAUAGCUUAUUAAACAAUUACUCCCAUUAAAUAACCAUAAUUAUGCUACGUUACUUUCAGAAUGGGUAAUCAGGCUAACCGUUCGAACAUCAACGAUUCGUAUAACAGUAAAAAUAAGUAUGCAUUAGGAAAGUGUUGCUUUACAUACAAGAAUCUCUGUAAGAAAUUAAUACUUAAUUUUAAAUAUUAAUCAUAUCUUUAUAUAUUAGUUAAAUAUGUUGUUGUCCGUUUCAUCUCUAGUAUCCAUUGAAAUAUUAUUGGAAAAAUUGCUUUAUAGAUUUCUUAGUCAUUCGUAUUGCAUCACUUUAGUAUCUGAAAAGUCAUUGGUGCACCAAAUUAAUAGUAGCUUUGUUUAUAUUUCUCCAAAAGAGAAUGGAAGUCUUGAAAAUCAGCUACUUAAUGUAUCAGAGAUGGGAUGUUCGGAUUAUAUAGUAUGUCUUGAGGAUCCAAAAAGUUUUAUGAUAGCUUUUGAAAAUGUAGUUCAUAUGGGAAAUACUCGACGAAGUGACCGGAAAAUAAUAUUCUUACCUUUUGAAAACAAUUAUGAUACAAAAAUGAAACUACUUGAAGUCUUAACGUUAAAAGAGACCAGUUUUGUGGCAAAUCUUUUGCUAAUAUUGCCGAUUGAUCAAUGCGGAAAUUGUGAUUUUUAUGAUUUGGUGACGCACAAAUACAGUGGUCCUGAUGCAGAGAGUGUCCAACCUUAUUUCAUGGAUCAGUGGAACUCAUGUACGCUUGAUUUUUUAAAUAACACUGAUUUGUUUCCCCAUGACAUGUCGAACUUAAAUGGUAAAAGUUUAAAGGUUGCUUGUUUUACAUACAAACCGUAUGUGUUAUUGGAUAUUGAAACUUCUAUAGAGUCUCGAGGUCGUGACGGCACUGAAGUCAGGAUAGUGGAUGAGUUUUGUAGGUAUGCAUUUAAGAGAUUCUUCUAAAUCAGGAGUCCUUUUCUUUCUCCGAAAACGAAGUUUCGAAUAAUUUUUAGAUAUUUUCAUAAUAUGGAUGAUGUCACGAUAAAAAAAUGCUAGUAAAAUACUAGUCUAGAUAAUAGAAAAAUAUUACAUACAUAUUUUUUUUUGCUUCAAUUAAACAUUUGUCAUUGAAGUUGAAGGAGGCACGCUACGCCACAACUAUGUAGAAAGUCCAAGUUUGUUUCAAAAAAUGUACAAAGGCGUAACGUCAUGUGACGUCAUGUUUCACCGUAAUUCGUCAACGAUCUAUCUGAAGGACAGACAGUCAAAAAUAACUUUUGUGCAGGCUAUAUAAGAACAGCCUCAGUUGUUGGAAUGGCGUUUCAAUUAUAUACGAAAUUUCGUUCUUUUACUCAUAUCGUAAUAGUCAUAUCGUAUAUACUGUCUAUCUAACAAAGAUAUUAUAUCAUAUUUACAUACCCAUGUUAAAGGUGGAUCAAUUGUACGAUUGAAUUAAUUCAAGAUAAUGAACAUGAAUGGGGCGAAAUAUAUCCUAAUAGAAGUGGUGUUGGGGUUCUAGGAAACGUGGCUAUGGAUAGAGCCGAUGUUGGUAUAGGUAAGAGAAUUUUAAAUUAAUAAAAUAUAAACGUCCAGUAUUUUUUGCUGAAAAAGGUUUGAAAGAAAGGAAAUCACAGAGGACCAGACUCUUCCCAAAAUAGUACACGUAAAAUUGAAAAAUCUUCUAAAAAGAUAUUUUAUGCUCCUAGCCUAAUAUUUUAUGGUUUUCUGGCUUAAAUUGUGUGUGGUUUCUAUAAUCAAAGUUUUCGA